AUGAAGGCUUCGAUUGAGGAGGAGAGUUGGAGGGUGGAAACACAAGAAAACAUAAACACAAAGAAGAAGAAGAAGAAGAAGAAAGUGAAGGAGGACAGACUAAGUAACUUGCCAGAUGAAAUUAUCCUUCACAUACUUUCUUUUUCGGACGCAAAAACAGCAGUUCAGACGAGUGUUCUCAGCAAGCGAUGGAGGUCCCUUUGGACUUCACUCCCCGUCGUCAAUUUCCUCGACUCGUCCUUCGAUGAUCCUGUCAUUUUCCAAUGUUUCGUGCAGCAUGUGUUGUCCCGUAGAGACGCUUCCACCAAUCUCAACAUGCUUAAACUCGUGUUCGACGAUCUUCUUGAUGUUCUUGAUGAUGUGGACAUCGUAGAUUCCAUCAUUGACUACAUUAAACCAACAGAUAUUCAGGAUCUGAGCAUCACUACUAAAUGUUUUAUUUGGAAUCUACCUCAACUCUCUGCUUGUCGCUCCCUCACCACCCUGCACCUGGCAGGCAUAGUAACUAACAGCGCAAUGUUUGAUUCUGUUUCCCUACAACACUUGUAUCUUUUUCAAUGCGAGUUCGAGUAUUUGGUCCAUGAGAAUGAUCCUUUCAGCGGUUGUCCCAAUUUGAGGUGUCUGUCCCUACUUGAUUGUUCUUACGUUGGCAAUAUUCACAAGUUUGAAAUCCAUGCUCCCCAGCUGACGGACUUGACCAUAUCCAAUAUGCGAAAGGAAUCAGGCUUUGCGAUUGAGCUUUUUACUCCAAAGAUUCAAUCUUUUAGAUAUAGUGACAACUAUUAUCUUUGUAACCAAUGUGAUGGCCUACUUAUUUGGUGGUUCUCCUGGAUUUGA